AUGCAGAUGCGCACUGCGCAGCGCGGAAGCCUUUCGGAGUAUUUCAGCUACAUACCCCUGUCGUGCAUAUACUUCAAUGCUGGACGUCUUCCAUACCGACCAGCUCGACCGAGGUUGUAUAUGUUGACCGCGUUUCAUGCUAAUGUCGCAAGCGUUAUACUCUGUGCUGUCACUGUAAAUGCAUUAUCUGUGGCUGUUGAUAAACGAGUUAUAGAGGGCGCUAUGUUAGCGAGUUCUAGCGGUCCUUGUGCUUGGGUAUCAUUGUCGUUUUAUAUGAACGGGACCACACCGUUACUGGCUGGAUGCACCUACAUGGUGUCCCUGCUGACUACACCGCUAACACACUUACUAUUGUGUGGAAAAGCCCCAAUUCCUCCACUAGAAGAAUUAAAAGCGGUCGCUGUGACUGCGGCGUUACCUUACUUAGUUGGUACUUACGCCACUGCCAGUAAAAAUCAAUACGGUCCAACUAUAAGUAAGCUAUCAGCUUUAUUACUCUUGUAUGUGGAUUGUUGCAGCUUGUUAUUAGAAGCCGAAGGCAUAUUUUAUAUAUCGGACGUCAUUUCAACUUUAGUUCUAGACGAACUUAUCGAUGGAGUCAGAGUGACAGAAGAAAAGGUGCGACACCUGUUCGAUGACGUCACGGACGCGACGAACGUGGAGUUUUCGAAAUUCGAGUCGGUUAUGUCGAAACUUCUAGACGAUCAGACGAGAACCGUUGGCACCUUCGUGAACAUGGUCACGAAUUUAGAUCUUACGGAGGGAUCUAAAUUCUUAGAUGUACUAGCGAAUGUCGCCGGAUAUAGCUAG